AUGAAGCGACUAGAACGUUUAGGUAGUGUUGUUCUUUUUACAAUAACAAUAACUUUAGUAUUGCAUAUACUUGCAAUGUCAUCUAAUCGAUGGAAAACAAAUAUAUGUCGUAAUUGUGAUCCAAGAAUUCCGUUAGCAUCAUGGUCAACAUCAUUACUUCAACGUUGUUAUGAUUCAUCAGUGGCAACAAUAUUUUCAAUUAAUGACUCAAAUUUCAAUGAACAUAUAAAUGAAUUUGUAACACAACUUUGUAUUCCAAAUAAAUUUAUUGUAUCAGAAAAUCCAUAUCAAGCAAUGGAUUGUCUCGCUAAAGCAAAUCAACUACCUGAUAUUUAUUGUUCCAUAAAAUAUUCGAAUUUAGACGUUUGUCAAUGCGAUUAUAGUAGUGGAACAAAAGGAACUGUGGCAAUGACUAUAUUAGCAGCAUGUGCACUUGGAAUUUUGGUGCUUUUAACACAUUUAGUUUCGUUUGCUAAAACUGAUUAUAUGUUAAAGUGGUUAAUUCCAUUUUCUUUUUCUCUUUUAAUAUUUUCGAUCGUAUGUAUCUUCAUUACAUUAAUUUUUGUAGGUGCAACAUUAAAACAAGAUGUUUAUGAACUUCGAGAUUAUUUGCACGAUGCUCUUUAUAAUGUGACGAUUAAUGCUACUUGGGUAGAUCAACUUAAUAAUUUAACAGAGGCAGACUAUGAUGUCAAAAUUGGAUGGUGUUUUGGAAUAGAAAUCGUAGCACUUUACUUUGCUGUUAUUUCAUUAGUUCUUUAUGGACUUAUAUUCGUUGCAAAAAAACGACCUGAAUGA